AUGGAAGGUCCGAAUAAGGCAAAAAUAAAUGAGUUAGGGACCAGCAACUUGAUACAUCAGCAGCCCCUGGCUUUCAGAGGAGGGUUCAAAGUCAAAAAAAGGAAAAAUGCCAAAAUCAAUUAUGCCGUCAGGAUUUCGGUUGAUUCAAUCUCCCGUCUUUCCGAGGAAACUGGCGUCGUAUAUAGACACAUCGAAGCUUUAAAGCCACCGCGCGCGCAACCACACGAGAGUGAUAUCGAAUGUAGGAGAACACUUGGAUUCCAGGGUGCUGACCGUCUGGUCAAGCCUUUGGUGGAAGCGGCUCGCGGGAAGGUCCAAAAUGAUAUAUGA